UUUAGAAGCGUGUGGAUUUAAUCAUCGAAAUCGUCGGUCACACUACCUCAAACCGCGUCACUUUACGAUUUAAAAUUUGUUAAUUUCAACGUAAAUUUAGCAUACAAACCGAACCCAAUUGUGAUAAAAACAAGGAAAUGCAAGCAAAACAAGCAAAUACAGUGUUAUUCCAUUAAACAGCAUUUGCGGGCAGUUGGAAAGUCAAGAACCGAAGAAGUCACAUUUAGCCGGUUCUAAAAGGGACGCCGCGCAAUUUCAGCAACGCGAAUCUACCAUUCCUUAGUAAUUUCGGGAAAUACGAAGCACAGGCACGAUGAGCAAGGACAUUUACUACUCGGACAAGUAUUACGAUGAGCAGUUCGAGUACAGACAUGUGGUUUUGCCAAAGGAGCUGGUCAAAAUGGUACCGAAGACCCAUCUGAUGACAGAGGCCGAGUGGCGAUCGAUUGGGGUUCAGCAGUCGCGCGGUUGGAUCCACUACAUGAUCCACAAACCGGAGCCUCAUAUUCUACUCUUUCGGCGCCCCAAAACGGACUAGCCGGUCACAACAACAACUGCAACAGAUACACAUACUUCUACACCAUGUAGCUUAUAGCACAUACCUAUAUAUCCGGCAGCUGCUGCCGAUAUUUUGUAUUGACGGUGGUGGUGGUUGCUGCGGAACAACCAACUGUUGCACAAACAUCAACAACUACAUCAUCAUCAUCAUAAUAAGUACUCACGCACGAACCCUAAACCCCCUAGAACCUUCUUUUUUCACUGUGUUCUUCUUAAUUCUUAUAAACAAUGUUUGCCCUUACUAUCAACUAUCCUUACCUUCUUACUAUAAAUAUAGCACCUAGAGCUACACUAAGUUUUGCCAUCUUAAUACACCUUAGUCCUGGGAGAUAAUACUGAGGUGGAAUUCCUAAAUCAUUCCUCGACCUCCCACAAGUUUUACCAUAUUUUAUGUUGCCAUUUCGAAACGGAAGCGAAAAUGAGGAUUUUGCUCACUUUUUAUAAGCUUAAAUGAAAUCUGAUUUGUGAUCUUGAAAUUCUUAAUCAAUAAUACAUAUGUUUACACAUAAUAUAAUAAACUUAAAAUAAAUACGUUUAAUGUAUGGAGAGGCUUGAAGCGUUGAUUGCUUGAAGUUUUCCCAAAUCGAUCAAA